UCUUCCCUCGGUACGUCCGUCGUAUUUUCCUCCCCUCCACUGCCUGCUUUAACAGUGAGAGCCAGUCGAAAUAAACAAGCGCAAAAGGGGGGACCGUUGGAGGGACCGGUCUGGUUCCAGUGUCACGUUUAUCACCAGCCGAUGGACAGAGGGGGCUUACACCUAUAAGUUGCCAUCAGUGAAGCCCAAACCUCCCGUCAGUCUCUGGCUUCACUAAGCCCAUAUCAUUGUAAAGUUUUAAAAUCCUGCGCUGCAUACACUGAGCUCCGACAAAGCGAGGUUUUCCCUCAAAAUUGCAGUGAGAACUACAAGUGGACCUAUGGACAUGUCCCGCUGUCCUCCUUCCCCCAUUCCUGGUCUAUAGUCAACCAGAAACGACCCAUAUUCUCACUCGCACCCCAUUCACAGCCAUUUGACCAACCCUCCCCACCCUGUGUUUACACCAUGGCUAGCAAGAGGAAGUCUACUACUCCUUGUAUGAUCCCCAGCAAGAUCAUAUGCCCAGCAGAGGAGGUUGAACGGGACUCUCCUGUUUUUCUCUGUCAAUCCAGGAUUUCUGGAGGGGGCAAACAUAGUCCCCUUGACCCUGGAGAGUCUUCCAAACCAGAGUCGGGGGACGCUGUCAAAGACGGUGCUGGCACUUACACCUGUAAGCCUUGUAACUUUGAAACCCAUGACCUUAACUUGUUCUUGGAUCACGUGUACUCCGGGCACCCAGACUUCCGUGCCGACCCCAGCUUCUUUUGUGUGAGCUGUGGGGUUUCAGCGCCCAAGUUUGAGGGGCUGGCCCUGCAUAAUGCCAGGGUUCACCCCAGCACAUUGAACACAACUCUGCAGCUAAGGAAGAGGGACAGGAGAGUAGUGGUGGAGCAGAAUCUGGUGACUGGGGCAGAGACGGGGAGGGAUAGCGAAAUUUCCAUCACCAAAACCCCAAUUAUGAGGAUGCUAAAGGGCAAAUCGGAGCCUAAACGAAUAGUGGUGUCUCACCCAGUCUCAGACGAGCCUUCGUCAGACCCGCACUCUAUCUCUGCCUCCAGAGAGACUGAGAAAAAAGAGACCGCUGCAGUGACAGUCACCCAUGUUCCCACAAUUGUCCACAAUGGAACGACCAAGGUCACUCUGCCUUCAGCAAUCCAGAUAGUCAACGGCACUGGAGCAUUACCAAUGCUGAAGACUCCCAUCACACAGGUGGUCUCAGUGGUUCAAAACAGAAGUCUUCAUCAAUCUACACCAAUCACAGCCUCCUCAAAUUUUUCCUCCACUUCCUCGCCUUCUUCCUCCAAAAACCUCCCCAAGGUGAUGAUUCCUUUGAGCAGCAUCCCUACCUACAGUGCCUCCAUGGACUCAUCUUCCUUCUUGAAGACCUCCUUCAGUAAGUUCCCGUACCCCACAAAGGCUGAGCUCUGCUACCUGACUGUGGUCACAAAGUUUCCUGAAGAGCAGAUCAAGAUCUGGUUCACGGCCCAGAGACUUAAACAAGGCAUCAGCUGGUCUCCUGAGGAGAUCGAGGAGGCCAGGAGGAAGAUGUUCAACACCAUCAUCCAGACUGCACCCUCUAGCUCGCAGAACCAGGCCCAGAGUCAACGUAGCCCAGCCCAACACACAAUCACAGUCCUGCCUGCCUCACUGGGGGCUACUGGGAUCCCUCACAUCCUGCAGGGCUCUCUUGUCAGCCAAGGAGGAGUAAUCGUCACUCAGCCUGUAGUGGCAAAUGGUAUCCAGGUUAGCAGUGCUCCUGUGGCCCUGGCGGUCACACCUAAGCCCCAGGCAGCAGCCCGCCCCAUGAUGCAGGCCCGACCUGCUGCAGCCCUGGUGGCAGACAAAGGCAUCAGCAUGGUGGUGGGAACGGUUGGCAGCAGCAGUACUGGGAGCAACAUCAUCAGCAGCAGCAGUAAUAGUAGUAGGGGUUGGGGAGGGGGCGUUAGCAGUAUUAUUACAAGCAGUCAAGCUAGUGUCAUCAACCUUAGUCUAGGAAGCAGUAAUCAUAGUAAUGCUAAGGUGAGCAGUGUAAAUGGUAAACUCAGCCGUGCUAAUGCAGACUGCAAUGACAAGAGUAAUAGUAAUCUUACCAGCCAUGUAAGUGCUAAGAACACUGAUAUCAGCAAAGCCAACAACACCAGCAUUAUGCAGAGUGACAACAAAGUAACCACAGAAAGCAAAAACACCAUAGACAGCAAAUCUAACAGUAACAGCAAAACAGGCGGAGAUGGACAGAAAAGCAAAGAUACCAACGGUAGCAGCAACAAAAAUAACAAAACCAGCACAAGCACAGAUGAUGUCGACCCCACCACUAGUGACUCUCCAACCAUCAAAAUGGAGGAGGUGUCUUCCCCUGCCUCAAAGUCGUCUUCCCCCUCUCCUGCAGCUCCUCCAAGCAGCACACCCGGCUCUCGGACACCUGUUAACGCAUUCCUGGACCCCAGCUUUUACAAAGGCAAGAAGUCUCAGGAACAGCUCAACGCUCUGAAGGACAGUUUUCAGGUCAGCCAGUUUCCCGACCAGGAGGAGGUGGACCGCCUCAUUGCUCUGACGGGGCUCACGGUACGAGAAGUCCGCAAAUGGUUCAGUGACCGGCGCUACCACUUUCGCAACCUCAAAGGUACACGCUCCAGCACAGGUGGACAGAAUAAGUCUGGCACUGCAUCAGGAGCAGGGAGUGGUUCAAGUACGCCAGGGAGUGGUGCCGCUGGCAGUGCCAACCUUGCUGAUCUGUCUGAAAGUAGCAGCAACUCUGGUGCAAAAACACCCCAGCACAGCUCUGCACCCGUGAGCCCAACUGCAUCACAGACUCCCACCUCUCCCACCACACCUUCCCGGCGACUCCCCAGACCUCCUUCUCCUGAUUUUACAGCUAUCCGCUACAAGGAGAGAGAACCUCAUCAGGUAAAGGCUCUAGAGACCAGUUUUUCCCAGGACCCUGACCCAUCAGGAGAGGAAGUGGACAGACUGCGCUCUGAGACCAAGAUGACCAGAAGGGAGAUCCAUGGCUGGUUCGCUGAGAAGAGGAAGAGAGUGGCAGCUGAGAAGAAGAAAGAGGAGGCUACGCGGGUAUUGAGAGAUGAAGAGGAGGAGAUGGACAUUGAUGGGGAGGAGAGACAGAAAGAGGACAGUUCAGGAGAACUGAAAGUCAACCCUAUUAAAAUAAAUCUGAAGAUGCUGAAAGUGACAGAGGCCAGUGGCAAAGCAGAGGGUGAAGGGUUGGAUAGCCCCGCUUUACAGCUUCAAUCCAGCAGCACACCUGCAUCCUCCCCAUCCUCCACCCCCAAACCUUCCCAAUCCUCCACCCCAACUCCCAAACCAUCCCACUCCCCCAAACCCACAACCGUUCGAGGUAAGAAGACAGCAGAGCAGCUGCAAAUGCUCAAACAAGUCUACGUCCGUACCCAGUGGCCCAGCGCUACUCAGUAUGAUGAACUGAUCUCAGCUACUGGACUGCCCAGACCUGAGGUAGUGCGCUGGUUUGGGGACUCGCGUUAUGUGCAGAAGAACGGCCAGCUGAAGUGGCUGGAGGCUUACCAGAACAUAGCUCUGGAAGAGGACCUCCAGAAGGGGAACGCACAGAUCCUCCAGGCCCACCUCGACGUCCACGGCAGUCUGGAGGAGUCACAGUUGCAGGAACUGGUUCAGGCUAGUGGUUUAACAGCGGACUUGGUGCGAUAUUGGUUCUCCACCAAGGCGUCUUUGCCACGGACGGAACAAACUCCUGCUGCUCAUGCGGCAGAACCAAGACCAGUUGCACCAGACGCAGCAGCUGAGCCACGAACAGGAUCCUCCCCUCUGGAGCCGCAGCCAGGAGGAGGGACGGAGGAGAAAAUGGAGCAGUCGGUGUGUGGUGUUGCAACAGAAGUGGAGGACAACACUGACAAGACUGUGAAUCCUACUAAAGGAACCGAUUGAAGGAGGCCUUUUGUCUGAGGAUGGAGUUCACAAUGCAGGUGGUCUUUGUGUUGGCAGUCUGAGGAAAAGACAGCAGAUGCGGUUGUAACUGGAUCACUGGAUGGAAACCAUCCUCACCCAUCCCUCUCUCACACCCCUAGAGGUAGGCAUGACCUCCCCUAGUACGUGAGAUGGACGCUAAAGCCACCAACCCCCCCACCCCUUCUUCUUCUCCUCAUCCACCCACUCCCUGCCCUCCUUCUCCCGUGGUGUCUACCCCUCCGCUACACAGACUUUCUCCAGUAUCCUCCCGUCCGCCAUUUUCCCAUCAGAAGGAAGCUCCAGUAGAGACUGAAGUGCGGAUGUGGUGGAGGGGAGGGGCAGGGCUGACAGCGUUUUUCUGCCGUGUUUGUUCCGUCUGCCUGCUGUGAUGGGAGAAAGGAAGAAGAGGAAAAAAAGAGGGCAGAUUUGGAGGAAGAGGAGGAACAAAAAAAAGGGAGAAGUGUAGUCGAGAUUGAGACCUCAGCAGAUGUUGAGGGGUGGGGGUUGGGUUUGGACAGUUACCGACCGAUCGGCAGAGUGUUGAGACUGUUCAUAGUUUGUUUUGGGGUAUGAAAAACUGCACAGCUCUUUGCUACAGGGUGCUUGCCAAGGCCUUAAAGUAAAUAAAAUGACCCUUUUUCCAUCAUGUCAUCUUCAUACUUUUUUUUUUUUUUUCCACCAUCAUGCACUCAUACACUUUGACUUCAUGCUUGCAGCUUACUUUAAAUGUGCUAGCUAGGCUGUUCAUAGCAUCUUAUGUAAAACACAGCACUGAUGUUAAUUUAUCAUGUCUUUAGGUUAUUUUUUUUUGGUUUUGUUUUGACAUGUAUUUGUAUUCCAUUUCUUAACUGUACAUAUUUGGUUAAAUUGUCCAGUUUGGGAAAACGUCUGGAAUUCUGUUAUCCAAAGAAGGCAAGCAUCCUGUUGUUUCAAAAAAAAAAAAAGAAAGUGACACAAUAUAGUAGACUACAUGGAAUCUGGUUUGUGUUGUAGCAUCAAGUGCUUCUUUACGUCACUGACGUGUACGUACCUUUGUUUUUAUGGAACUUUCCUACGAAAUAAAUUUGACUGUAAAAGAACUGUGAACUUUUACCCGAGUUCCAUACUUAAGCUUGAUGUUUAAUUUUUACAGAUGGUAUUUGCAGAAUAAAUAAUGUAAUAAA